CCAUCGACAACCCGACUUGAAGCGGCGCAUUGAAGCACGCGAGCGCUCGGCGACAGCGCAGCGUCUAAGAGAUUUUUUACUAACAUAAAACAGGUUUGCGAAAUCACUGGGAAGAGUAAGUCGCAUUGAUCAUGACGGACGGAUGUGUAGACCUGCAGAUGACUGGAACUAACUCUUGCGCAACAGGCUUUGACCCUGACUGUGGUCACCGCACGACGACCUCUAUUCCUCGACCUCACCUCUCAGUCUUGUCAAUCAUUGCUGAGACAAUGUCUUCAUCUGCGAGCCGAGCUGCUGUCAGCACUCCCGUCAAGUCGACGCCGCAAAAGCCCACCCCUAUCGUCGACAGUCCUGGUACAUGGAGACAUCCACGCCUGAAUGAGAUCACGAGACGGCGGAACGCAACGACAUUUUCCGAAAAGAACGUUAGAAGAAUAGCUCUGAACAUCGGCUUCCUUCUCAGUCUUUGGCUGUCCCAGAUCUUUUCGCGUUCAUACAUUCCCGCACAAUGGUUUAGUAGCUCCUUGCGCUCACAUCUGGGUUGGGCAUACUACCUGAUCCAGCUCAUUCCGCUGGUGAACAUUGGCAUGGCUAUGCUGCCUCUGCUCCGAUCGGCCGACGAUCUUUCCGACAUUCCCUUGACGCCUGCUCAGCGCCAACUUCUCGGACUGCCGCCUAGUUCUGCAGCAGCUACACCUGAUGCUGUAUACAGCACCCCGCCACGUUACUCGCGGACGCCUUCUCUGGCAGGUUCGCCCGCGAGCAACCGGAGCUUCUCUGGUUCCCCGCUUUCCGGCAGAGGCAGCCCAGCUCUUGCAAGCUCUUUCAAUGGAAACGGACAAUCUUACUCUCCUUCGCCCCUUCACAACAGCCCCUCCAAGUUCUCGGCCAGCUUGAACAGCAACCGGAGAUCGUCCUUUGGCUCUUCUACGAACCUGGGAGCAAGCACUGCAUCUUCCCUCUUCCCUGACCCGGGAACGCCAAGCCCCUCUACCGGAAAGCGCACCAGCGUGGGACUGAACAAUAAGUGGCUCUAUGAGAGAGGGAGGAGGUCGUCAGGUGGUACUUGGAUGCAUUAGGCGACGACGGCGCACUGCGCUUUCAUGGCCUAGAGGGAAUUAGGAAGAUGAAUGACUGCAGUCAGUGGGAUGGAUACCUUGCGAAAGGCGUUUGGGUGUAAUGUUUCUCAUGGGGUGGAGACAAAGGCUGACUAGAUGCCCUAAAAUAAAGUCAAAAAGUCCGCAGACUGUACAUAAAUGUUGUUCGCGUGGGUCAUAUAAAUCAAUCGAGG